UGGGGAACUUUAAGCUCUCUCCAAGAACCGAGACCCCCAUCAGCAGCGUGGGCAACAGCCUGGAGAACGCUCUGCACACGUCCGCACAUUCCACGGAGGAGUCACUGCCCAAGAGGCCUUUAGGGAAACACGGCAAAGUGAGUGUUGAAAAGAUAGACCUGAAGGGAUUGUCACACACAAAAAAUGACAGAAAUGUUGAAUGUUCCUUUGAGGUCUUGUGGUCUGAUUCUUCAAUAACAUCAGUAACCAAAUCUUCCUCUGAAGUGACUGAAUUUAUUUCAAAGUUAUCUCAGCUCUACCCUGAAGAGAAUUUGGAGAAACUCAUUCCUUGCUUAGCUGGGCCGGAUGCGUUUUACGUGGAGCGAAACCACAUGGAUCUGGAAGCGGGCCUGAGGUACUUGGCUUCGUUACCUUCUCACGUGUUAAAAAGUGACCACGUGAAGAAGUUUCUCAGCACUUCGUCUCCCUCCCAACAGCUUCAAAGUCCAAGUCCUGGCAACCCUUCCCUCUCUAAAGUAGGUACCAUGAUGGGCGUGGCUGGAAGGCCCGUGUGUGGUGUGGCCGGUAUCCCGUCCUCGCAGAGCGGAGCCCAGCACCACGUGCAGCACCCAGCCGGCCCGGCCCCUGCCUUGCCCCACUGCUCCCACGCGGGCAGCGCAGGCUCGGCACUGGCCUACCGGACCCAGAUGGACGCCUCGCCUGCCAUCCUGAUGCCGUCCAGCCUGCAGGCCCCGCAGACCCAGGAGCAAAACGGAAUUUUAGAUUGGCUUAGGAAACUGCGCUUGCACAAGUAUUACCCUGUCUUUAAGCAGCUCACCAUGGAGAAGUUUUUGAGCCUUACUGAAGAAGAUCUGAAUAAGUUUGAGUCCCUCACCAUGGGAGCAAAGAAAAAACUCAAGACUCAGCUGGAGCUGGAAAAGGAGAAGUCAGAGAGACGGUGCCUGAACCCCUCGGCCCCGUCCUUGGUCACCAGCAGCGGUGUGGCUCGCGUGCCCCCCACCAGCCACGUCGGACCCGUGCAGGCUGGGCGGGGCAGCCAUGCUGCAGAGCUGCGGGUGGAAGUGGAGCAGCCUCCUCACCAGCUACCCCGGGAAGGCAGCUCCUCGGAGUACUCCAGCUCCUCCUCCAGCCCCAUGGGGGUGCAGGCCCGCGAGGAGAGCUCCGACAGCGCCGAGGAGAACGACAGACGUGUGGAGAUUCACCUGGAGGGUCCCGAGAAGGAGAAGCCCGUGAUGCUGCUGAACCACUUCACGCCGAGUUCCGCCCGGCCCACGGCCCAGGUCCUCCCUGUGCAGAACGAGGCCGGCUCGGCGCCCGCGGGCCACCACGCCCUGCCCCCGCAGAUGAUGAGCGCGGCCUCGCACGUCGCGCCCAUCCGGAUGCUGAAUUCCGUGCACAAGUCGGAAAGAGGAAACGCGGACAUGAAGCUGCUCUCGUCCUCAGUGCACUCGCUUUUGUCUCUAGAAGACAGGAACAAGGGGUCUGGCCCGAGGAGCAGCGUGAAGGUGGACAAGAGCUUCGGCGGUGCCAUGGUGGACGCGCUGCCCCCGCCCGCGCCCCACCAGCCCGUGCAGGUGCUCUCCGGGCUCUCGGAGAGCAGUUCCAUGUCACCCACGGUCUCCUUUGGUCCCCGAGCCAAAGUCGUGCACGCGUCCACACUGGACAGGGUACUGAAGUCGGCGCAGCAGCCGGCCCUGGUGGUGGAGACCAGCACGGCCGCCCCGGGGACGCCCAGCACGGUCCUCCACGCGGCCCGGCCUCCCAUCAAACUGCUGCUGUCGUCCUCGGUUCCUGCGGAGUCUGCCAUUUCUGGGCAGACGUCCUGCCCUAAUAACGUGCAGAUCAGCGUGCCCCCGGCAAUAAUCAACCCCCGGACUGCUCUGUACACAGCCAACACCAAAGUUGCCUUCUCCGCGAUGAGCAUGCCAGUGGGCGCCCUGCAGGGCGGCUUCUGCGCAAACAGCAACACUGCCUCUCCCAGCAGCCACCCCUCCACGUCCUUCGCAAACAUGGCCUCGCUGCCCAGCUGCCCGGCCCCCAGCUCCAGCCCCGCACUGUCCUCCGUCCCUGAAAGCAGUUUCUACAGCAGCAGUGGUGGCAGCAGCUCCACAGGAAACAUUCCUGCCUCGAACCCGAGCCACCACCACCACCACCACCAUCAGCAGCCCGCGCCGCCCCCGCCCGGCUGCAUCGUGUGCACGUCCUGCGGCUGCAGCGGCAGCUGCGGCUCCGGCGGCCUGACCGUCAGCUACGCCAACUACUUCCAGCACCCGUUCUCCGGGCCGUCCAUGUUCCCCAUCUCAUUCCUGUCCUUCAACCCCAGCUACGUCAGCGCCCAGCAGUAUGGCGGCGGCUCCACCUUCCCCGUCGUGCACGCCCCCUACAGCGGCAGCGGGACCCCGGAGCCCGUCCUGGGCGGGCAGUCCACGUUCGCGGUGCCACCGAUGCCGAGCUUCAUGGCGGGGACGGCAGGGGUGUACCAGGCCCAAGGAUUGGUGGGCGGUAGCAACGGCUCCAGUCACAAAAAGAGUGGGAACCUGUCUUGUUACAACUGUGGGGCCACCGGUCACCGCGCUCAGGACUGCAAGCAGCCGUCCAUGGACUUCAACCGGCAAGGUACUUUUAGGUUGAAAUAUGCUCCCCCAGCAGAAGGUCUGGACUCCACAGACUGAUACUUUUCUCUGGCAGCAGAACAUUACUAAGCCAUGGAGACAUAAGGAAAAUUAAAUACAAAACUGAGACGUCUAGUUGCUGUUGAGCUUAAUAUUUUUAAUCCAAAGGUGCUUUACUUUCCUAGACUGGAUAGAAAACCUAGCAUAGAAGUACAUCAAACUCAAUUUUAUUGCCAAAACCCUAGAUUGGAGCUUGAUGUCAGGACGUGGCCUAGCGGGUAUCUCCGUGGUGGUGGAACUGGCCGUCUACGCUUUUGGCCGCGAUGCAGAGACCGCAUGUCUCCCGAAGAGCAUUGCUGUCGUUGGUCCUUCUAGGCUCACACGUAAUUCCCGGGCAGCUACGUGAUCUGAACCGAGAACUGAAGGUGGGAGUUCUCCCAGUGGAGUUCCACCCGUCGGACUCGUGACACCCCUGGGUUAGGGAAAAUGUCGACGUUGUUUUGUUUUGUUUUUUUCCUAAAGUGAUUAGGCACUAAUCUCUGGGAUUUUUAAGGAUUGCACUACAGAAGAAUGUAACCUGAUACAAAUCUCUGCAGUUCUGGGAGACAGACUCCCCUGAGACCAGUCAGUGCAAGAGACUCAAAUGAUCCGCAUACAGAGUCGGCACCAGCAGGCUACUCGACUUAGUACACGACAGAGAUUUUAGCACUUCCUUCCCUCCUGCAGACACUUAAUAGCGGUUCCAGGUUUUUAAUUUUUUUCUGCAAAUAAAUUAAAACUACACUAUUAAA